AUGCGUGCUUUUCUGGUUCUGAUAUUUUGGAUUUUUUCGACAACUCUUGUGUAUGUUUAUUUGUUGUACUCAAAUCUUGUGCACAAUUUUCGUAUAAACUAUCGUGAAUCAAAAGAUGUCCCUGAGGCCGACCGUAAAACUUCAGGUUGCAGCUUUCCUGCCGUUGACCCUUUUGAUAAAGCAAUAGAAAACAUCACCAGAAAAUUCCCUACCAUUGACUGCUCUAAAAAGAAACCCCAUCUUGUCUAUACUAAAGGCGAUACAGCUUUUAUAAACCACACCAAAAUAAAAGAAUUGCCGUGGCUGAAAUCCACUUUCAAACACUGUUGCUACGAAAUUCGGGUUCGAGACCCAAAUCAAAAUGAGGAUCAAAAGACAAUAACUUUUCAGAAAGGUCCGUGUUUUAAAGACUCUGUUCGCGUCACGGCGGAAUAUGUUCUCGUCAAGUGCUACAACACCUCCAACAUCGUCAUAUCAAAGUCUUACUUAACAUUCAUACGACGAAAACCAGAGCUAGAGGCCGAAUUAAAGAUCAAGUAUACCGCGCAUGUAAACCAACACGCCCCAAAAGAGACUCUAAGCGUCAUGAUGGUAGGUGUUGAUGGCAUGUCGAGAAACAGCAUGAUACGCUCCAUGCCGAAAACAAGACGUAUUCUUCUAGAGACCAUGAAAGCCGUAGAGCUACACAAGCACAACAAGUACGCUGACAACACCCUGCCGAAUGUGUUUGGACUUCUCACAGGGAACAGUGAAGGGUCCAUGCUCAGGGUUAACUGGACUCGCAGUCAGUCUUUUGACAAAAUCAACGACUUUUUUCUCUGGAGCACCUACCGAAAUGCCGGCUACAGAACGGCCAUGUUUGUUGAUCGGUCACGUAUAACGUCAUUCCACAACAAGAAACGGGGUUGGGUCAAGCAGCCGGUGGAUUACUACUUCCGGGAGGCGGUGGUUGAUUUUGAUAACGACAUGAUGCGAAGUGGUUUCUGUAUAGGUGACGUCCCAGACAUCACUCUACUGACUGACUACUGGGUGAAGUUUGCGACUUUGUUCAAUAAUUCUAAAACAGAGCCGUACUUUACAUACAGUUUUUCUGCUCAUUUGACCCACGAUGACGUCGAUAUGGCCAGUGCAGGUGAUGAACUCUACUACAGAUUCUUGACAAAGUUGGUGGACGGAAACCUUCUAAACAACACCGUCCUUGUGUUUUUCAGUGAUCACGGGCCCAGAUUUGGAGCGAUACGAUCUACGUACAACGGCAUGGUAGAGGCGAGGACACCUUACAUGUUCCUGGUGUUCCCAUCAUGGUUCCACACCAAAUACCCGCAGCUGAUGGAAGUUGUGAAAACCAACCAAGAGCGUCUGACGACCCACACGGACGUCUACGAGACUUUGAUUGACCUGCUGUACUUUAAAGCAGAGACCGGGAAAGGAAGUCUCACCCAGCCCAGGUUUAGCUUGUUCAAAGAGAUUCCAGAAGGACGCACGUGUGAGCAUGCGCAGAUCGCCGUGGAAUGCUGUGCUUGCAUGGACUUCACAGAGGCCAAGUUAAGCAAGGCUUUCGCUCAAUUUCUCGGCUUGGCGCUUGUGGAAAAAGUAAACCGUUACAUUCCUAAACAAUUGAAAAAUAAUUGUUUAUCUCUACAACUGAAUCAGGUAACGACUCUGAUCGACAUAUCCAGCAAUAUCUCUCAGAAAAAACAGUACCAGGUGACCGUGACUACCCUACCCAACGACGCCAUCUAUGAAGGUGUUGUAGGCGUGACUAGGUCAAAUAAAGCAGUGGUGACUGGUGACGUAAUCAGGCUGAACAUGUACAAACACCAGGCAGAUUGCAUCGAAGAAGAGAAAUUAAGACAAUAUUGUUACUGCAAGCCAACCAAGUCUAAACUACAUUAG